AUGAACAUUCAUGCUCUUGGUUUCUUCAUGGCAAGUGCCAUGUCAGCACGUUCUACUGCUGCAUUUACUGUCACAUCGACCUCAACUGCAGCUACUACUUCUAGCAUGGAAAAUGUGGGCUUUAUGAAACAAUGGACACUGAAUGCUGCCAAUACUGCCGAUAUUAUUGACACGAUUGACUUGAAUCUAGCUGGUCGCGUGUACGUGACUCACAUGAGUGGCAUUCCAAGCGGUAUACUGGGCUACGUAAACGUGUCGGGUAACUCGCAAACCGUCGUUGAUGCCGUGACUGCAAGCAACGAUGAUAUCAAUGAAUCGAAAGAUAAUGACGAGAAUGACAAUGACGAUGCGAAUGAAACCAAUGGCAAUGGUAGAGAGCUAAAUGUACGCAUUGGCAAUAGUGCGUCAACGUCACCUGACGGAUAUCUAUUGACAGAGAUUGUCCUGGCUUCAAAUGGUGUUGUAACGGAUGUCACGAGUCAACGAUCGGCUCAAGUUGUUAUUGAAGACGGUGUCCUCGUAACAAGCAGCACCACAGCGGAACUUCAGAUCGAGGCAAGUGGAUCAAGUGCCGUGUUUGUAUCAUCAGCUAGCACGGCUGUGACUGUUCGCCAGCUGCAUCUAUAUGCUUCAGGCUCGGCAAGUCUUCAAUUCAACGUGAUAAGUAUGUCAGUCUUGGACGAGGCUCAAUUCGAGUCACAGGGAUCAGCAAGCAUCUCACUGCUUUCGUCAUCCCUUGAUACCGUUCAGCUUGAGCUGGAUGCACAAAACACUGGCACUAUUUGUAUCAAUGCGCAGCAAGUCACGGCCAAGACCCAUGAAAGCAAAGGCGGUAGCAGUAUCUCUAUGCCUAAUGCAGCUAAAAAGUAUGGUACGACGGGAUCGUUUGCGUGCAAUGAGGCAACUGUUCCAGCACGUGAGGCAAGCAACAGUUUAUCCUCAUCACCUGGUACGUCGACCAAUGGUGGAGCAACGAAUGGUGGAGCAACUACUAAUAAUGUCAGUAACAAUACGAGUGCAGCUUCGAUUCCACAAGUUACUGCAUUAGCUAUUGGGUUUCUUGGUGUCACCUUUGCUCGUCUUAUUUUCGCUUGA